AUGAGGAAGAGCGGAGAGGCGCCCGUAUUGCUGCGAUUGGCAUUUCAUGAUGCAGCGACACACAGAGUCUCCGGCGGAGAUGGAGGAGCAAAUGCAUCCAUACAGUAUGAAUUUGAGCGCCCUGAAAACACAGGCUUGAAGCGGGGCUGGCGGGUGAUUGAGAAGGUCAUUGAAAAUCUGAAAGGGACGCCAGCUGAGGGCGUCGUGUCAUAUGCAGACCUCAUUGCCCUGGGUGGCGCAUAUGCUGUGUCUGUGACUGGAGGUCCUGUCAUUGACGUGCCCAUAGGGCGUAGAGACUCUGCUGUGGCGGACCCAACAGGCCGUCUCCCGGAGGAGACUCUCUCAGCAGAAGCGUUGCGCCUCACUUUUGCUGCUAUGGGGAUGUCUUCUCAAGAGCUUGUCGCGCUCUCCGGGGCACACACGCUGGGCAGCAAAGGCUAUGGGGAUCCUGUGACAUUUGAUAAUGCUUACUACACCGCGCUGCUUAAGAAGCCUUGGGAUGAUCCGAGCAACAGCAUGGCAAGCAUGAUCGGGCUGCCAUCAGAUCAUGUCUUGCCAGAUGACCCUGAGUGUCGGCCUGUUAUCGAGGAGUAUGCAGCGAACCAGCAGAGAUUCUUCCAGGAUUUCAGUAAAGCUUACGUGAAAUUGACAAUGCUGGGAGCGAAAUGGGCGUGA